ACGAUGAUUUCACAAUCAGAAAGUCAGCUUGCCCCCUCUCAGGAGGUCCAGGCCCCAGUCAUGACUGACAUCACAGAUAUGCAACAACAUAUGGAGAUGAUGAAAUCCCAGUUCUUCAAUUUUGUCCCAACAACGAACGUGCUGGAAGAUUAUUGCCUCUGUGAAGCCCUUUACAUGCAAUAUUUGGAUUACUCCAUGUACUCAGACUACUCUACUAUGAUUGGAGGGUCCCAGGACUUGCUGGUUCCUCAGAAGUCUUCACCUUCUGAGAAGAUGGUUAGGAAGAGAAGAAGAAAGAACAAUCUUCCUGACAUUGACCCCCAAAUCCAAGAUGUUCUUAGUCUCAUCCAGGAGGGAGAACUUUUGCAGAUAGAGUUCACUUCUAAAAAUGCUAAUGCUCUUACUGUUGAUAAUUGCAGGAGAAGAUCCAGAUAUACUGGAGUCUCCAGGAACGGCAAGAACUGGCAAGUCCUCGUCAACAUGGGCAAGGAGAAGAAGUAUAUUGGUUCAUAUACUUCUGAGAAAGAGGCUGCCAUCGCCUAUGAUUUCUACACAAUUUGUCUCCACAAAUCAAAGGCCAAGACCAACUUUAGCUAUCAUUCUGCUCUUAUAGAGCAGAUGAUUAACUCUUAUUAUCAGAAUGGGAAGGUAUUCAACCCUACUUGCUUCGUUAGUAACGUCUAA